UUACGUGCGACUGCUUGUCGAAAUCAAGCCCAUGCUGAAGACCUCAGUGUGUUACCUGAUAGAGGCAUGACAUAGCUUUCACACAUCUGCGGUCCGUAGCCAUCUUGGCUCAAGCUUGGCCCAAGUUUUCGCAGGCUCGACCCCGCCCGCCCAAAUUUGCUCUGCAAGCCUGGUGCUGACACGCGCUUGCAGACGUGCCUGAAAUGAUCCGAAGACUGCGUGCAUCGGGAAAACUUUCGUUAAACGGCCUGGGCAGGACUGCAGUCAUAUGUUCUGUGUGCUGUGCGGUGGCAUGCGCACUUCAGAGCUAUUGCUUUUCUCUUGCGCCAGUAAUCCUCAUCCCUCAGCCUGGCCAUGCCAGAGGCCAUCUUUGGGCGGUUCCAAGGGCAGCGCACGAAGGGACAGAGGAGGAUUUACUCGAAGGCACGCGGUCGCAGCUCCGCGAGCUGGGUUUGCCGCUGGAGAAGGACUUUCCGAGGGGCGAGGAGAACUCGAGCAGUCCGCGGAUGUAUUAUAGAGAAAUGCGCAGCACAGAGGUCGGCAAUGCGUUCUGGCGCCAGAGCACGACCGAGAAAUGGGGCGAGCUUGCCUCGGGCGACGCUGGCAAAUUCGACAAGGACGAUUUAGUCGAGGCGCUCUACCCCGACUCCAAUAAUGUGUGGUAUUGUGCACAGGUGGUGAGGUAUAUUGGAAACAGUAACUGGAUAGUUUUCUGGGUCGACGACAUGGAGGAGGGUACGGCACAAGCCUCUGUUGUCAAGACGAAAGACAUGCAUCAUGUUAAGCUACCUUAGGCUUUGCGGUGGUCACGACUUGAUUGCAUGCGUGGUCCACGCGCACUUACUCCGCCAUCCCAGCGCUGCUGCAGAGCGCGUUGGCAGGAGGUCGAUGUGCAGAGUCUGCUGCGGCGGGCGUCCUGCGGCGACCGGAAGGCUUCUUUACGCUGGCUGGAGUCAGGAGGGAUGCAGUCGGAUGUCGGUUGGAGAUCAACCCUGCGGCUUCGAGGCUACCCAGGUGCCCUCUCAAAGAACUUCACACAUGUUAGUGGCUAGUGUUGUUCACGUUCGUGUUCUCUCUCGUGCAGGUUUCUUGGCGUCGCACGAUCCGUUUGAAGCCACUAUCGCGGAUAGGUAAUUGUUGAAGUAUCGUUUUUCGGCGCCACGCAGUUGGUAAAUGGCUGUAUGAUCCCACACUCACUGGUCGGAUUGCUACUGCACGCGGCCAAUUGUAUGUAUGUAUAAUCGUCGAUAGUUUUGCUCAUCUCACCAUGUCCCUUGUGCGGUGGCUUUGUUGCGUGACAGUAAUUUAUCUGACGCGCGGGUCCCUUUGCUGAAUUCAAACGCUGCGCGCAGGGUGUCGUGUUCUGGUCGAGCCGAGGACGGCCCUGGGUGUGUUCUGAUUUCGAGCCUAUGUCGAAUCAUGGGCGGCCAGAGCAUCAGUAAAGUGUUUGGUUUUUCAAGGUCCCUCCACCUGUGCGGUGAGUUCUGGACGAACGCAAAAUUCAGACGUUUCGCGUCCUGGCGCCCUGGACCGCGCGCCUACAGAUCCACGCGGCCAGUUCGACCAAACAGCGUCUCAGAGCUGGGCUCCCC